GAGAAACUAUAGUUUAUGGGGAAGGGGGGGCACCUCUCUUGAUGUAUGUCUCAGCCACAGGGAAGCCCGUGAAAAGGGGAGACUGGAAUGAAGGAAAAGAGGAGGGGAUAAAAAAGGAACAGAGAGAGACUGGCUGGGGGUGAAAAAACAACAGGAAACCGACCAGUUCUAAUGCUGUUUCUGCAAAUCCUUCACAGAUAAAGCAGCGGACCGCCGCGUCCUUCAGUCUGCAGUCACACCAUGUCUUUAGUUUGGUCAUCUCCAGAAGUAAUAACAAUCUAAGGGAACUUUAGGUUUGAAGAGUGACGUCACUUCUGCUCUCAGCCUCCGACAGUGCGGUUAGUCAGAAUGCGAGCGGAUGCAGACGUUUGGGAGCUGUUUGCUGGGAUCUCGAUGUGGCUGCUUUCUGACCUACAGUUUCAGCCUUUCUCAGGGUCAUAUGGAUCAGUCGCCGCACCUACCAGGAACUUGUCUUUUUGAUCAUCUGGACCGAUAACUGGAGCCACAUGAAGAAUAAAGGGACGAAGCAGAAGUCCAAAAAGAAAGGGAGUGAAAAUGCGUUCGGCUGUGACCUGACAGAACACCUCCAGAGUUCAGGACAAGAUGUUCCUCAGGUUCUGAAGAAAUGUGCAGAGUUUAUCGAAAAGCAUGGGAUUGUGGACGGGAUCUACAGACUGUCAGGGGUCACUUCAAAUAUCCAGCGCCUCAGGCAGGAAUUCUGCUCCGAGGCGUGCCCUGACCUUACAAAGGAAGUGUACCUCCAGGACAUCCACUGUGUGGGUUCCUUAUGUAAGCUGUACUUCAGGGAGCUUCCCAAUCCACUGCUCACAUAUGAGCUAUACGGCAAAUUCACCGAAGUAGUCUCAGUCCAGGGGGAACAUGAGAGACUACUACACCUCCAGAGGGUCAUCAGGGAGCUGCCAACGUCUCACUUCAGGACACUGGAGUACCUCACCAAGCACUUGGCCCGCCUCGCCACCUUAAGCACUCAGACAAACAUGCACACACGUAACCUGGCUCUGGUGUGGGCUCCAAAUCUCUUGAGGUCUAAAGACAUCGAGGGUUCCUCUGGCAAUGGAGACAUGGCUUUCCAGGAGGUGCGGAUACAACAGUCAGUGGUUGAGUUUAUUUUAAACCACACAGAUCAGAUCUUCAGUGGCGAUUUGGCACAAAACAAACCUAAAGAAGGACCGAGCUUGAUGUGUGGGGAAAAGUACGCCACGCUGCCCAUCAGCGGUCAGUGUGGGCCGAUGAAGCUGAUGAGCCUGGAAGAAGCUCAGGCUCGCUCCCUGAGUCCAAACCACCCCGUGCACAAAGAGCGUCAGCGAGAGAACAGCCUGCCUGACACCAGCACCGCCACCCUCUAUCACACCGUCAUAGACAUAUCAGACAACAAAAGAAAGCUUUCCGGGAAGUCGAAGAGAUGGAAGUCCAUCUUCAAUCUCGGGCGGUCUGUGGACUCAAAGGGAAAACUGAGCCGGAACGGCAGCGUGUUCAUAAGAGCACAGGGGAUAACAGAAAAGGCGGCUCUGCGUCCAUCCAGGAGCAUGGAGUCGUUGUGCUCUUUACCAACAGACGAUGACAGAACAGGAAACAGCAGCACGCCCGGCGGAGCCGACAGUAUUUUUAUUCCGGAUGUAAAGUCCAGAACGCUGGGAUCCGACUCACUCUACGACCUCAGUGAACACGACCAGAACUGGGAGUUUAAAGGGAUCAAGUCUGGGGGGGCCACGGGUGGCUGGACCUCCAGCCUGAACCAGAAGGGGUCGCCAGGUGCUUCUGCGGCCCCUGCCAAAUCGCUGCCGGAGCAGCUGAAGGUGUAUAAAGGGGACGACCUCAGUGGCUACAAGCCCACCUCUCCAAAAAACAGGAGGAUGCUGUACUCGGGCUCCUCCCACAACAGCUCCUCCAGGCCCUCUUUCCCGGGGAGCUUCUUCCCGCUGGAGUCCUCGCCGAGGCACCAGCGCAGAGCCGUGAACAUAUCUGAGCCUUUCGCCGUGUCCGUGCCCCUGCGAGUGUCGGCGGUCAUCAGCUCCAACAGCACGCCAUGCAGGGCGCACGCCAAGGACAAAGCGGCGACUCUGAAACCCUCCAAAGAGACCUCAGAGCAGAGCAGCAGCAGUGGAAAGAGCAACACUUUCCCUCAGCUGGAGCCAAAGAAACAGGAAGACGCAGAGAGGAAAGAUAAAGACGACCUGACCUCAACGGCAUUGCUGCAGGAUAGCAGUAAAGAAGUGGCAGCAGAGGCCCAGGUGGGGAGAAAUCUGUCUGAACUGGAAUCUCGGUCCUCUGCAAAUGUAAACGAAGGCAAAGACACAGCGCCAUCUUCUGGGAAAGAACUGCACAGCGAGCACAAAGAAGAAGAACCGGUAAAAGAAUCUCCUCCUGGAAAACAGUCGUGGUCUGACCACGAGCUGAAGAUAACUGAACCAGAUAUCGACCUGCCAGAUGACUCUAUCAAGCCUGCUAAUACUGCCAGCCCUUGCGAGAACACUAAGUUAACGAUGGACGUUAAGUCCAAGCGAAGCCGCAGCUCUCCAUCUCUGUCCUUGCUGUGCAUGGAGCCAAGUCCAAAUACCUCUGCGGGUCUCGCUAUCAGCACUGGAUUCAACUCCGCAAGGAAGCAACCCUCAGAAUCCGAUAUCUUAUUUUCCCUUCACAAAACAAUCGAUACUUCCAAAGAAAAAACACGCAACGUGUGGCCUGCCGACCAUGUAGAUAAGAAAGAAAAAGCGUCACGCGUCAACAAAGAUGAGCCGGUUUUCACCAAGCCCUUACGGCUUCCUCUUAAAGAAACCAACUUGGAUCACAUUACAAGUCCUCUAACGAUCAAGGAUGUUCCAGUGGUCACAAGCUUUUUGGGAGCAGAGAGCACAGACGCAAAACCUCAGAGACAUGAAGUUCGUCAAGAGGAACAUAAGACGCUAUUGGAAGGCGGUAAGAGAAGCGUGAAUGCUGAGCUGGAGCCGAUCAAAAAGCUCUCUUUGAGUUUGGAGGAGAAACGCAACGCGUUGGAGCUGCCGAUCCUCGACGAUGACGAGGGAUGUGGAGGAAACUCCGAGGAGCUGGACCUGGUGGAGUCCUGGGAGGAUCUGACCUCCUCGAAGCAGUGGGUUACGAGCCCCCUCCACUCACCUGAUGUGGAGGAGUUAUUCAGCCAGCUGUCGCCCUUCAGCUCACUGGAGGAAACCGUCAGCUCAGACGCGGAGCAGAUUUCAUCUUCUUCAGAUGAGAAUGCCAAACAGUCCCUCCUCAAGAGCGCUGACAGCUUCUCUGGAAGCUUUCCUCAGACUGCGAGCGCUAAGCCAGACACUAAAUGGACACACCUGCCGUCAGUGCCUGCAAGGAUGAGCGAGAAUUACUCAGCUCAGCCCCAAACAGGAAAGAGCAGCACAACCAAGCAGAAGAACACAGUCUCAUCUCACAGGUUCAACAGACAGAUGUCUCAUGAAUCAGCAGUCACGGUGAAAAGGGAGGAAAACUGCUUCUCUAAGCACCGACCCUUUUCUCUGAACUUAGACCUGGGCCAUCGCUACAUCCGAGACAUUUCUAAUCAACAAAACCCAAAUUCGUCAGAGUUUUCCUCCUGUCCGAGAGGAUUAGUGACCUCAUGUGGGGCCGCCAACAACGGCCUGCCCUCAGAUCUGGAGCUGUUUCUCAGUGACCAGCAGGCGCCUCUGCGGAGAAACUCGGCGCCGGUCAGCGUGGCGUCCGUGCGGACUGCGUUCAUGAUCAAAACGUGCCAGGCCAAAGCUGUGCCGGUGGUGCCUCCGAAGGUGCAGUACAGCCAGAUACCUCAUUCCAGGCCAGAGAAUGAAGUCCGGGCGGCGAAGGAACAAGAAAAGGAAUGCACUAAAAUGAGCGCAGAGAAGAGUAAUUCUGUCCCUCCGAUGAUGUCUGACCUGAAGGAGGAGUUGGAGAAUAAAGAACCCGCCCCCAAACCCCAGAAGCACCCGACGAAUGAGAAAACUGCUGAGUGUGGGAAGGCCACAUCCACUCCUGAACUGCCAGUCAUCACCAGGAGACACGCCCCGAGCCUGGAGGUGUUUGUAGACUGUCCCAGACCCGGCAGGGGAAACCUCCUUCAGAGGCCGUCCUUUCGGAACCGACAGAGGCCUCAGAGUCUCAUCCUGCUCAGCCCUCCUUUCCCCAUCAUGGACUAUCCAUCGUCGGGGGACGACGGGAAGCUCCUGUCGACCAUCAGGAACCUGAACGACCCGUCAGCCGCGAAUGUGUUCUCUAACGAAGGGACGGACAGCCUCAGAGCGCCGGAGGGGAUCGCUCUCCAAAACAAAAUGACUAUUCCAAAAAGUGGGCAGAGACUGGAAACAUCCACCAGCUGCUUUUAUCAGCCGCAGAGGAGGUCCAUGAUCUUUGACAGUCGGAGCCACAGGCAGAUUGAAUGACUGGAGACCGUUCAGCUUCUUGUUCAUGCAAACAGAUACACUACAUCGAGAAUCUCUCUGGUAGAUCAUUGGAUUUGCAUUUAUUCAAAUUGAAUCUUUUCUUUAAAAUGAAGUAUCUAAGAUACAGGAAGCCAUUAGAGCCGGGCUAAAAUACUUCAAACAAGUGUUUUUUGAUUUUUUUACUUUACAUUUUACACUGAACUGCUUUAUUAUUUCACAACUGGUCAAUUGUAGUCUUAUAUGAUGCAUUAUUUGAAAAUUAAUCUGUGACAUUCAAUGAAUUGGGCAAAUUCAAUUAACUUUAUUUCAGUUUAAAUCACACAACGUCAUUUCCAUCACAAGGCACUUUACAGGCAAUUAAAAUCUUGAGGAAACUGCAGCGAUUCUAUAUGAGUAAGCGACUGCGACAGGCAGAAUCCUGCAGCAGAUUUCUACUGAGAUACUAAAUUAUAUUAGAACUUAGGAAUUUCAGACCGCACACCAUCAUAUCGAUUACAUUUUGUGCAACAAAUUCCCUCACAGUCCCUGUGUUGGGCAGUUUUCAGAUGUUAAAUCUGAAUUUUAAUCCCACUUAUUAUGUUAGUUAAUAUUUCAUUGUUGAAGAAAAGCUCUCAAGCGUUAUAGCUCAUAUUAAGACAUUUCAGAAACAUUGUUUUGUCCAGAAGUUUCACUCAGUCGUGGAGCAGCGUUCCGCAGAAUUAUGAGAAAACGUUCCAUCGUAACUACAGGCUCCAUCCAUUGCGUAGUCAGACGCUGAGUUGAGAAAGAGAUGCAGCCUUUCAAAAGAUCCCAGGAUAUAUAAACACAUAAACAGUUUUAGCUAUAUCCUAAAACUCAUGAAGACAGUUCAAGAUGUUGAGGAUCUUAGCUAGGAAUGUGGUUUUAUAUCACGAGUGUGAGGUUUUCAUGUUGGAACACUAUUAAGUUUACAAUGUUUACUUAUUUCACAAAGCACUCAUGUUUCACAGACUCUUAAAAUGUUUUUUUUUUUCCUUUUAAUACUUCACUGAGAAAGAAUCUCAUUUGAACCUGGGUUAGUUUUGGGUUUUCAUAUUUCUCAUGUUUCUACAGUAUUACGUAUCUUCAGAACUCGUUCGAUCUCCUCCUCUCUCCCAGAUGACUCAGGUUGUUGUGAUUUUAAAGAAAUGCAGACAUCCCACAGUCCUCAACAUGAAGGCAGAUUGUCACCUCUGCACACAUACGGACGACAUUCAUUCUCCCUAAAUACUAAAUAAAUGUAAAAGUGCCAUAAUAGUCUGUUAAAAAAAAUACCAGAAAUCCAAAGGACUUACAAUUUAACUGUUAAACAGUGUAUUAGUCAUGAAUCUCAGUUAUUUAUUCCUUUAUUUACUCAUACAAGACAUGACAUACACCUGAUAUUUUUACAAUAUACUAUAUAAUUGGCUCUGUAAUAAGCUGAUGCCAAUGUGAUUUUAUGACUAAUAUUUAAAAGGAUUUUUUUUUAUUUCUUAUUUGAACACAUCAGAAGUUUUAUUCAUAGUAUUUAGCCACAGAAGAAUUUAUAUUAAGAUGUAGCUUGUUUUUCUGUAUUUUUUUGGACAUCAUGGCAGAGUUUUAGUUAUGCGUUUGUGACAAUAACUGAGUUAAAAAAAAUCUGCUUUUUAGAAGAGAUGUUUUAUUUGACCAUUUGGUGUUAACAAAAGUGAAAUUCUGCAGCUGCUAUUCACACAAAAAAAAAAACUGGAUGCUGACUGUGUGCGCGCUGACUGUAUUCACUGUUUGGACCUUGAUGGUGCUUAGCGUCAAAGUCAGAUGCUGCCAUGCGCAGGCUUUUCUCUCCCUUCUGUUUGAUGCCAUUGCCUCUUUGUCAUGUGUGGGUGAACGCCUUUUAAACGCAACAGCCUUGAUGUUACAUUGUAUUUAAGUUGCUUUGGAUGUUGUGCGGCUUGCAGUGCGUUGACACUGUGGUUUGGUUGGACUGAGUGAAUGAACACAUUGUUUUUAUUCCUAAAAGUUUUUGGGAUGUUGAUGAAGAUUUCAGAGUUAUUGUUUUUUUUUUUUACAUAUAUGUUUUGUAACUCCUGUAAACUUGUUCGUACUGAAGGUGACUGACUGAAGUGUGUGUGUAUUUGUAAGAAAAACACCUGAGUUGAUCAUUUUGAGAUGGAUGCUUUGUGUUAAUCAAUUCUGGCACCUAAAGCAAAAUGAUACACAUAAGAUGCUCGAUGAGAUUUGUUACAAAAGAGUUAUGAGAAUAAAAUCAUCAC